GUGAUGGAGACGGUUUCCUCAGCAUGGCAGAGUGUCAGUACAUCAUCAAACAUGAGCUGGACACGCUGCGAGCUAAAGACGAAACUCAUGUUCCAGGAUAUACCCAGGCAAAGCUCUAUCCUGGGAAAUCUAUCAUUGUGGAAGAGACACAGCGCCUCCCUGGCCUACAGCUGGGGCACGUUGAGCAGGAAAAAAGCCUUUGAAGAACCUCGACCUGGAUUUCAUGGCGUCCUCGGGUUCAAUCCUGUGACGGGCCGUGAAGAGCCCCUCUACCCCAACGCCAAGCGCCAGCUGCGUAUUUACCUGGUCUCGCUGCCCUUCGUGCUGCUCUGCCUCUACAUUUCCCUCUACGUCAUGAUGAUUUACUUCCUGAUGGAGGGCUGGGUGCUGUCGAUCCACGAUGAAAACCCCACUUUCUGGACGGGAUUGCUCCUCUUCAUCCCCAGUAUCAUCUACGCUGUGGUCAUCGAGGCCAUGAACCUGGUCUACAGAUAUGCUGCAGAGUUCCUCACAGACUGGG